AUGCCUUCCCUCGGGGGCACUCGACGCCGGCACUCGAAACAGUCAUCUUCCUCCUCAUCCUCCCACAAGAAAGCCCCUCCCUCGGUCAUAUCUACCGUCUCUUCAGCAAGUAGCAAUGCUACCAUUACCCCCAGAUCUAUCUUGCCGUCGAGCCUACGACCCUCCAAGUGGCCAGAUGCGAAGAAGGAGCCUGUCAAGCGGAUAGAACACCAUCCUAAUCAGCCUCGAAGUACGAACAACUCGAACAAAGAGAACAUUGACGUCUUUGCGUUCAUGGAACAUGAGGAGGAUGAAGGUAUCCGCGACGCUGUGGGAGAGAAAGGACACCAAGACGUUCAUUCGGAAGAGGAAGAGCAAGAGCUCUCGGGCAUCGCUGUGGGAGAGAAAGAACACGAAGACAAUCAAUCGGAAGAGGAAGGGCUAUCGUCUGGCGAAAGCUCCAACUCGAGUCCUGCGAGGAUAAUGGCACAACCACAGAGAUCUCCCAGAUACAGUGACCUGGAAGUGCGAGCGAUUCAAGACGGCGUACAGCGCGCCUGGGGACGUGGAAGUCUACACUCGGAUUCCGGAAUUUCGGUGCGCUCCAGCAGUCCUGAUCAGGGGUCGCCAAUACUACAGCACAAGCUACCGACAGUCUUCGACGAACCCGGUACCGAGCAGGAUGUGCAAGACUCCUAUCGCAUGGAGCGAUACGGCUUUAACCUCAACCCCGACCCUGCUACUGAUCGCAAUUCAGCUUUCGGCCACAAGCAUUGGCCUUCGCUAGAGACGGACCACAACCAAUGCCCCGAGGCCUACUACGCCCCAUCACCGCCUAUGCUGGCCCAGACUGCUCAUGACGCGGGCGUUGAGUUGUCUGAGAUGUCACCGAGGCUUCCUCAUCACCUGAGUAGGGGUACUUCAUAUCAAGAGCGGCCUCGGCCCAAGGCCAGCAUGUCAGGCUACGAGUUCCUGGCGUCAAACAUUCACUCUAAGGACGAUACGUUGCUGAAGCCUAUCUAUCGCAAAUUCGAAAUGCUCAACAAUCGCAUGCUGCUGUAUCUGCAAGAUGAAAUAUCCGAGAUGGAGGAGCAGUUGAAAGAUCUAGAUGAUGCUAUUGCGCACGAGGAACAGAACAAUGUGAGGAGGCCCGCUUCGCGGAGGGCCGAGGCGAAGCUGCCGUCUCAAUUGCAAUGGCACAGAUUGGAUCUGGUAGGGAGAAGCUUCGCGAAGAUGGAGCAAUACAACCGCGCCCUCACGUCUUAUAGCAGCCUGACUAAGUCUCUCGAACCUGCUUCCCAUGCCGACAUCACCGCCUACCGCUCCUGGAUCACCAAGCACACCCCCGUCGUCGAGUCUGAAAGCGCCUUCCUCAACCAAGACUCAGACCUCCUCUGCGUAUCUCCCUCAGCCCCUAGACUAGAUUUUCGAUCCGGCACUGCCCUGGAGACGCCCGUUACCGUCGUGGUCUUUGGACUACUGUCGACCAUCAUCGUGUUCAAAUUGGUACCGCAGAUUGUGGCUAGAUUGGUCAUCAGUGCGAUGGUUGGAGUAGCAAGUUUAUGCACGUUGAGUCCGGAGGUAAUUAAUAAUCCAGGUAGCUUGCUAGAUUGGGGCAAGGCUAUCGCUACGUACACGGCUGUCAUAGGGAUGCUUGCUGUUGUUGUGAGCUAA